GCGGAACGAUAAUAAUAAUGUAUUUUGCCAAUAUAAUAUCCAUGUCCCGCUCACCGCUGUAGUGUGGUGGUCGGUCGUCGCCGCGUUCGCUACAGUUUGUCUUUGUUGUCGUCGUACCUAAAGUAUAUUAUUAUUAAUUUUCCUUUCCUAUUCCGUCUUGCCUAUAACCACCGUUCUUAUUCUCAUUAAUUAUUCACGAAUUCAAGAUAUUUAUACCCUUGCCGGUCUUGUUUGGUUUUUGUUAUACAUGUACCUACGCGACGACGAAUCGAUGAGUGGAGCCUUCUUAGGACGUGCACGCUGCUUGUAACACGCAACCAGUAAGAAGGUCGUGCAAGCCGAUAUUUUUAAGAAAAAUCCAAAUCUGAUGUAAAACGCUAUAACCAACCAUGGUUGUGAAGAAAGAGUACAACAUCGAUUGGGUCUUGCCAAAACUCAGGAACCGACGGAUAUUUUGGAACGUCGCUUCUUGCAUCACAUUAGCUGCUGUCGGUAUAUUCAGCAAGAUUUUCAUCAAAUUUUUCAACAAGGCAAAAGUGUACAACCUCGUUUCAUUUGACAAAGCAAUCAAUCGACCCAAGCACAUACCUCUCAUUACAGUAUCUAAUCAUGACUCGUGUUUUGAUGAUCCUGGCAUUUGGGCGGCACUUGGUUGGAAGAAUUUAAUAAUGUCUAAUAAAAUGCGCUGGGCAUUAGCUGCCAAUGACAUAUGCUUUACAAACCCAUUCUGUGCACAUUUUUUUAUGCUUGGUCAAUGUGUCCCAACCAUUCGAGGUGCCGGAGUAUAUCAGGAGGCCGUUAAGUUUGGUGUAGAACUGUUGUCUAAAGGUAAAUGGCUGCAUAUAUUCCCAGAAGGCCGUGUUAAUAUGUGCAAAAAUUACAUACGGUUAAAAUGGGGAGUUGGUCAAAUGAUUUAUGAAUCCCCUAUUAUGCCUAUAGUUGUACCUAUUUGUCAUGUAGGAAUGGAAACUAUAUUACCAAAUGAACCACCAUACUAUUUACGAACUGGUCGUAAGGUAACAUUUAAUUUUGGUGAGCCUAUUGAUUUAAAAGGAUUGGUCUCAAAGUUGAAAGAAUCCAAUGUGACUGAGGAAGAAGCUCGUAGAUUAAUUACAGAAAAAAUUGAACAAGAAUUGUAUAAAUUGCAAAAGGACACAAUAUUAUUACACAACAAGUUAAAUUCUUGACGUCCUGGUUUGCUAAUAAGGUCUUUAAAAGCUAAAAAAAAACAGAAUACUUAACAGUGUUAUGUAUGAUUAUUAACAAAUUAUGUCUGUUUAGAUAACUUAUGGAUAAUUCAUUUAACUUUAUGUUUUAAUAUUGUUUAUAAGUAGUUUAUUUAACAUCACAUAUUUUUUAUGUAUAAACUUAAUUGUGCAACCAUUAUGAUUAUCAUUUGGUCCUCAAUCUUAUAUAUUAUAUAUAUAUUUUAUUUUUUCAACAAAUAUUUUUCAUAAAUGUACCUAUUUAAAUAUUUUAAAUAAAAAGUAUAUUCUUAUUUGACUUUCCUAAAGGAAUGUCAAUAAUUUCCGUCCAAUCAAGUAUACGUGAAUGAUAUUUAUUCAAAAUAAUUAAUAACAUAACAUCAUUUAAUUAUAUUUUAAGAUGAAAUAUACUUAGUACUUAAUUUCAAUACAUACUUUUAUCAUGGUUAUUUUAAAAAUGAGCAUGUCUAGUCAAUCUCUUAAUAUUUCUGGGAAAAUAAAAAAAAUUUUACUAAUACAUUUUUUGCCAUGAGCAGUAAGAGAUAUGAUUUAAAUUUGUUUUAUCUUAGCUAUAACAUAUAUUCAUUGUAACUCUUGCCAAUAUUUUGUUUAUCAAAUACAAAUUAAAUUGUGUUUUUAUUUUUAUUUAUUUUUAUUCAGUUUAAUUGUAAUACUUAUGUAGAUAUGUAUUUUUCUAUUUAAGAUCAUACACAAACAUUGUUAUGCUCCCAGUUAUUUUAGUAUAUUGUGUAUCAUGAAAAUGAUAUUAAUGAAUUUUUAAGUGGAGGUUUUUCUAUUUUAAUAAUUUACAUAGGAAUUGAGCUUAGCGUCAAAUCUAAUUAAUAUUGUUACACGGUAUUAUUAUUAAAAGAAUAUGUGGUCAUUGGUUACCAAUUUCGGGACACAUUGUAGUAAUUCAAUAAAUAUGUUGAUUAUCACUAAACUUAAAUUUAAAAUCAGUUAUAAUAAUGUAUUAACUUAAUAUAAUAUUGUAAUUGUAAAUAUUUUUGUUACAAAUGUUCAAAUUAUAUAAAUUAAUAAUAAUGCAUACUAUUGAUAUUAUAGGUAAUUUUGUCAGAAUGAAUUGUGAGAUGUGUAAUUCAAUAAAUGCUAAGAUACUUGUGUAAAAUUAUCAUUUACCUAAGAUUUAAUAUGCAUAGUUAAAAUAUUGUACACAAAUUGUUAAUAUUUAUCAAUUGUGCAGUAUAUAUUGAAGUGUAAAUUUUGUGUUGCAAAGAAUAG